AGACGGGGCCGGCAGACAAACAGAAAGACAGCAUCAACAAGCGAGUUAGAGGGAAACAAACAGCCGCGAUGCCCGGGGAGAUUAAUCUGCUUUACUGCCAGUCCUCAAGAGCAAAACAGGGGGGUUGAUAUUCAGCGUGAACACAACAAGCAGCUGUAAAAAACCACUCAUAAACAUCAUCAGGCUGCGUGUAGAAAGUCCAUGCAAUCUAUUAGAUAAGAUAACUUGAAGAAACUUUGCUCACAUGCUUCGGAGGUGAGACACAACGAGGUGUAUCCUCCUUCAAAUGUGUGCUCCAGGUAGAUCUGUGAAGUGUCUGCUUGCACCAUGUUGUGGACUGCGUGUCUCUGCCUCCUCUGGGCCUCGUGCAGCCUUGCAGCCCCGGCAAACAAACAAACGAGACAGAAGGUGCUGCUGAUCUCCUUCGAUGGUUUCCGCUGGGAUUACGACCGCGAUGUGGACACGCCGAACCUCGACAAAAUGGCCAGGGAUGGAGUCAAAGCUCUGUAUGUCACACCUCCUUACCUCACUAUCACCAGCCCUUCACACUUCACCCUCUUGACAGGCCGCUACAUUGAGAACCACGGGGUAAUCCACAACAUGUGGUUCAACACAACCACCACUCAGACGAAGCCGUACUAUCAGACUCAGUUUGUGAAUGAGUGGUGGGACAAUGGCAGUCUGCCUAUCUGGAUCACAGCGGAGAAACAGGGCCGAAAGGCUGGCUCUCUUCACUUCCCUGGCACAGCCUCCACAUACCAGGGACAGGCUGCUUCGGUGAGGGAAGUGGAGCCAAUCCUGUACAACUACAAGAACGAGACCGCGUGGAGAAUGAAUUCCGACAAGGUGAUGGGCUGGUUCAGGGACCUGGAUCUGGACUUUGUAUCGUUGUACUUUGGUGAGCCGGAUGGCGUGGGACACCGGUACGGUCCUGACUCCCCCGAGCGACGAGAGAUGGUGAAGCAAGUAGACCGAACGGUGGGAUAUAUCCGAGACUCUGCUGAAAGACACGGGCUGAGCGACCACCUGAACAUCAUCAUCACAGCCGACCAUGGCAUGACCUCGGUGUACCGCAACGGUCUGGUUAAAGAGAUCACCCUAUCUAAGAUCCCAGGCUUCUCUUUCCGUGAUCUGUCCUUUCACCUGGUGGACUUUGGCCCUUCUGGGAUGCUGUUGCCCAAACCGGGGAUGCUGGACAAGGUCUACAAUGCCUUGAAGGGGGCCCAUCCACACCUCCAUGUGUUCAAGAAGGAGGAGAUGCCGGAGCGUCUUCACUUCGCCAAAAACGAUCGGAUCCUCCCGAUCGUAUUAUGGGCCGACCCGGGAUACGUCAUCAACGGGUAUUUUCCAGUUCAGUUCCACAAAGGCGAGCACGGCUUCGACAACCAGGAGCUGGACAUGAAGGCCUUCUUCAGGGCAGUGGGUCCAGCGUUUCACGAGAACCUGGAGGUGGGACCCUUUGAGACGGUGAACAUUUACGCCCUCAUGUGUCACAUCCUGGGCAUCACGCCGGACGUCAACGACGGCCACCUGAACGUCACUCAACACAUGCUGGUUACCAGUUCUAGACCGGGUGAACCUAUGAAUUACCUGCAAAGUGUCUUCACUGGGCUGGCUGCAGUGGCUGGAUUCCUUGUUGUAGUUUUCCUUGCAGUGAUGUCCCACAAAAUCCUAAAGAAGAAGAACACAGAUAAAAGAUCGGGGAGUUCCAAACAGCCAACAGAAAAAGACAUUACUACAUCAUUUUGAUCCCCACACACAGUACCCCCUUCUACUGUUUCAGACUGUGUGCAAAGAAAGGAAAUGCACUCAGUCCAGCACAGGGACCCAAAGACAAGAGAUGCAAAGCCAUGUUAGGGAAUUGCUUUCAUUCAAAGCUGAGGAAACAAAUGAACUGUGCAGAACAAAAAUCAAGAGUUGAGUUAUUGCUUUGUUCAGUAUUUGGUUGAAACUUUCAUUAUAUGUUGUAAUUAAAUUUAUGAAUGAA